AUGUCACUGCAAAUAGAUGAGUUGCAGAGCCAUCAUAAUAAUUCGGAAACGAUUGUAAGUACUUUUUGCUCCCUCCCGCGUCCCGUCGUCAUACGUCCGCGGUGGAUCUUUGCGUCGUCUGUGCGUCGCGACGGGCGGUUGUCAGUUUCUGUUUAUACUGUGCUACGGAACUAUCGCGGAUUUAUCCUGCCGCCUGAUAUCAACAAUCACAAAAGGAUUCAAAGAAGCAAACGAGUUACUAUCAAAAAUAAAGAGGAGAAAACGAAUGUCAGGCUGGUGAAGAAGUUGGGCAAGAAUUUGGUUAUCAAGAAGGUCGCAAUUAGGAAAUCAAGGCUAUUCGAUGAAUUGGCGAGAGAAGACAAAGAUAGCUGUAGGAACGUCCUCUGA